UCUCAAGUGCAAACGCUUCUGCUUCAGGGGCUGGUCAGCUUCGAAGACGUCAUCGUCUGCUUCUCCCGGGGCGAAUGGCGGCUGCUGUCCACGCCGCAGAAGGAGCUCUACUGGGAAAUGCUGCGGGAGACCUACAAGGCCCUGGUCCUCGUGGGGGGGCGCCUGAUCACCUCGGCCGAAGUCUUCGCCUGGGUUGAAAAAAACGAACGUCUGAACGUCCCCAAACCUGUGAGACUCCUGGAUGACCCGCCUUCUGGAAUUCUUUCUGCAAUAGAUGCAGAUCGGUCCCCAACGGGCAAGGAAAGCUUUCCUGAGCAGGGGGACCCUCUGGAGGCCACCUGCGCUCUCUCUAAAGAAGAGACCACCGGCAGGAGCUAUGCCGAGGGGAGUCCCGAGCGUUCACGUGUGCCGGCAGUUGGAGGAAGCGCGUUCGAUUCCGGAGGAAGCCUCUCGCGGGCGGAGUCGGAAUUGGAAUCGGCCGGGCACGCAUCGGGCGACGCGAGCCCAGAGGAAGUCCCGCUGCCGUGCCAGCUGCGGGCUGAGCUUCCACGGAUGCCCGUGCCUGUCGCGGCCCCAGAAAAGUUAUCCGAGCAGAAGUCUCGUCCUUGCGGGACAACGGUCCUGCCCCAGCCCGGCCUUGCCACACACGCGGAAGACCGCCUCGAGGAGAUGCAGUUGGCGCACGCCGCCUGCGAUGAGAACUGCACAGGCUCUCUCCGGCCACCCUCGGCCCCGGCCCUCGUGCAGAGCACGGGGAGGGCGCAGGGCCCUCAGCCGCAGCCCCCAGAAGUCCCCGUCGAAGAGGAGAAACCAUUUUCUUGCGCUUGGUGCAAAGGGCAGUUCAAGCUGCAGGUGAACCUGGAAGCACACUACAGGUACUGCCGCCAGAGAGCGCGGCGGCAGCCUGGCCCACCCGCCGAUCCCUUGAGACCCCCGAGGGUUCCCGGCAAGCAGGGGCCGAGCGGGUCAGGCAGCACCAGGGGCUCGGCGGGGCCCCCCCUUCCCGCACCAGCGCUGGCCCGGUCCCCCUCCGCUGGUAAGUUCCUGAAGUUCAUACUCUGCCAGCCUCAGCGGAAACAGAAAACGGGGAAACACAGAGGCGUCCCUCACCUUGGUGGCGGCGCCGCGGACAGUCCCCGCAGCCUGGCAAUGGUGUCCGUGACUAAGAAGCUGUGCCGGUGCCAGGAAUGCGGGGAAAAGUUUGUGUACAAGUGGCAGCUUUCUGCUCACCUGCGAGCCCACGCGGAGAGUGGCGGCUGCGGGGGAGACGUGGGCGGCCAAAGCCCCCUCCCCAAACAGGCCCGGGACCAGGCCGCAGAAAGGGCGCAUGACGGUGCCCGAAGCCGAGAGGCCUGCGUUGCGCCAGCCGUGCUCCGGAGGAGGGCUCAGGACAGGCCGCUUUACCCGUGCGGGGAGUGCGGCAAGAGUUUCACCAAGCAUUACCUGCCCACGCAUCGCGCGUUCCAUGCAGGGCUAAGGUACAAGUGCCUCUUGUGCGGGAAGAUCUUCAGCUUCCAGAGCGGGGCUCAGCUGCACAAGAAGCGCCACCGAGAGAAGGGGGAUAGUGCCACCUGUCCCCAGUGCGGGAAGAGCGCCGGAGCCAAAGACUGUUUUUGCAUGAUAAAAAAGAUCAGCAUUGCUCCCAAGCCGGAUUGUGGGGAAGGAAGGGGUCAGGCUGACGAGCCCAGGUAGUUGUUUGCCGAAGACAGGAGGAGAAUCGCCUUCCUUUCUAGCAGUAUUUCUAAGCGGGGCUGGAAGCAGGGCGCUUAGGUGCCAUGAGCAAUCACUGCGACAAGUUGAAGCGAUGUGGGAGCAGGCCUUUCAAAUGCAACACCUGUGGGAGGGGCUUUGCCUGCCUCACGUGGCUGAUUGCACCCUGGGAGGACCACGUAGGAGAUGCGCCAAAUGUUGCAAGAACUGCUUGGGUGGCCAUGCCUUCACCAUGCUCUAGAAAAUACAUGGGGAAAGGAGUGUGAGAGCAUGCGCAGGCAAGCAAGACCUGGUGGUGCGCUGGUCCUCAGGUACGCAGAGGGAAAGCCUCUCGGGAACACUGGCUUCUAUCCUCAGUGCCAUUAAAGGAUUUUGUGA